AUGGUUAUGUCUAGUUGGGAGCAAGAUUUAUUACCAUUUCUUGAUGAACUUCCAACAUAUAGUGAUGCAGUUUUUUAUAGUUUCGUCAAAAACUUUGUUGGUGUUAUUGAAGGUGAUAUUCUUGAGAUACAACGAAUAAAGAAUGUUCGAAUUUUAUUACAAAUACCAGAUGUAUUUUCAUUUUUUCAAAUAAAUAAUAAAGAUAUACUCAAGUUAAAAGAACAAGCUUGUUUUAUUGAUGACGAUUCAAGUUAUAUUGUACGACCAGGAAUUCGAUCUAAUAUUGAACAAUUUAUUGAGUUAUUAAAAAAUCACUACAAACCAAUAAUAGAACCCAAUCAUGCUCAAGGAGAGAAUAGUUGUAUGUGUGGUUUCCUAAAUAUUAAUAAUGGAAAUACAGAAUAUCAAUCAAAGUCAUUUGUUCAUAUUUUUGUUAGUAAUCUCAUGAAAAAUAUUAAUCGAUCCAGUAACAAUUAUCAAUUUGAUCCUAUCGUGAACAAAUUUGCAUCAGCUUUUAAUAUAUUAGCUGGUCAUCAAGCUUAUGAGUUUGUUAGAAUAAACUUACCAGGUUCUUUACCAUCUAUCACUACAUUAAAGAAUUAUAAUCAAAAUAUCAAUUUAUAUUUAAAUGAAGGAGAAUUUAGAUUCGAUUCUUUAAAACAAUAUUUAGAUUUGAUUGAUUCAAAUCAUGUUUUUGCGUGUGAGGAUUCAACCAGUGUUGUUAGUUCAGUCUCUUAUGACAGUAAAACAAAUUGUUUCAUUGGUUUUGCACCAAAAUUAGUAAAUGGCUUACCUUUGAUCAAUCAAUUUCAAACAAAUAAUUUUAAUGAAUUACAAGAAUGGUUUCAAGAAUUAGAGAAAUCUAAAUCAAUAAAUGCAAAUUUAAUUGAACCAUUAUUGAAUAAAAAUUCUUCGUUAAUUCAUUCGAGACCGUAUAUAAUUGCUUCUUAUGGAUCUGAUAACAAAUAUUCAGCAGAUACCGAUAUCUUCGUACGUUUAUACUAUGGUUGGAUUCUUGCAUUUUCAUAUCGGAUGUGGUGGUGUAGUAUUCAGCUAGAAGAAACUUACUCUCGACAAGAAAAAGAUAAUCAUUUUAUUACUAGAGCUGCAUGGUUAUCUGUAGAAAUUAAUAUUCAUUGUUUAACAUCAUUAAUAAUAUUAGUAUUACAAGGAGUUUUACCAUCUUCUUCUCUUCAUACUGAUCUAUUUAGUAGUCAACCAUGCGAGAGUACAUUUCGUAGUGCUCGUGCUCUAUCUGGUACUUUCUCUUCAAUAACAAAUUUCUCAGUAUCUCAAUUUCUAAAUAAAAUCGAAAAAAUUUCAAUACUUAAUCAUUUUAAAUCCACAGAAGGAGAUAAUGUUGAAUGUCCAUUAAAAUUUCCAAUUCAUCAUAAGAACAAACAUAAGGAGAAAAUAUCAUCUAUAAUUAGUUUAAGUUCAUCAUCAACAACAAUAAAUGAUAUAGAAAAAAUUAUCAUUAAAGCUUAUCAUGAAGCAGAAAAAAUCAUGAACUCCAUACACUUAUUACAAAUUCUAAAAGAAAAUGAUCUCGAUGAUAUUCAAAAAUUAAAUUCAUAUGUUUUCCACCAGCUUGAUUCAAAAUCUAAAGUUGAUUAUUGUUACUUCAACGAAAUUGAUCUUCAAGAUAGUGCAGAUGAUACUAAUAAUAUUCAAACUGAUACUGAAAAUUCUGAAACAGAUGUUCAAGUUGAAGGUUAUUAUUCAGAUGACGAUAAUCCAGAUGAUUAUCAUUUUAUAACAUCAAAAGAAACCUUCCAAGGAAUGAAAAUAUUUGACAAAAUUGAUCCAACGAAAAAGAAUAAUUAUUUUCAUAUUAUGGUUAAUAAUAAACCAAAGUAUUUACAUAAACAAACGGCAGCACGUCUUUUGACUAGUAAUAAAAAUUGUUUAUCGUCGGACAGAUUAACACGAGUACAACAAACAAAUAAACAGAAAUAA